AUGGUCUCCCCGGCCUGGUGUUCCAUUGCUCUGGCCCUACUUUUGGCCCUGCAUGAAGGGAAGGGCCAGGCAGCUGCUACCAUGGAGCAACCAGCCUCGGCACCCAAGGGCCGAGGACCCCACCUGCGUUUUCGUCGUUGCUCCUGCAACUCCUGGCUUGACAAGGAAUGUGUGUACUUCUGCCACCUGGACAUCAUCUGGGUGAACACUGCAGGACAGACAGCUCCCUAUGGCCUGGGAAACCCGCCAAGGCGCCGGCGCCGCUCCCUGCCAAAGCGCUGCGAGUGCUCUUCUGCUGGGGACUCUGCCUGUGCCACCUUCUGCCAUCGAAGGCCCUGGCCUGAAGCUGAGGUCACCUCAAGUAGCCAGGGCCCUGCUGCUGUGUUAGAGACUAGCAAGACGUGGACUGCUGCGGGAGACCUUCUCCAAAAGCUGAGGGACAUCUCAGCUGCCAAGCUCCAAUUUGUCAGGCUACGGCCAGAGUUGACAAGAGAGGCCAUCCCUGCACACUCUAGACGGAGGAAGAGAUAACACCAUGAGCUGCAGGACCAUUGAGAAAGACGCCCACGUGGAGACGGGAGGAAAUGGGCAGCUACUGGGAGACCCUAUGCCUAUCUCCUGGGCCAAGGCCUCAGAUCCUGGUUAGCCAGACCAAUCUGAUGGGUUCAGCACAAGCUCUGGCCUCUCCUACAGCAGUUCUGUGCCUUUUCACUGCCAGGGCUACCCUCAGCACCUGGACAGCAGUGCAGCCUGCUAGUGCUGGCUGCUGGCUACCGUCCUGCUUGGAGGAGCUAUGUGCAGGACAAAUGAACAUGCUACCUGUGUCCUACAGAGUGUCCUGCAAUCCAGGAGCAACCCCACAGCAGGACACAAUUACCUAAGCCACACCUGGAGACUGGACAGUCAUUAGGAUGACUGGCAUCAUAGUCCUCUCUGGUUCCCCUUCCCUAGAGGCCUUGCAACCUGUUCUCUUGGGACACUUUUGGGAACACAGAGCCUGCUAUCCUUUGUUCGUCUGUAUAUAACUUAUUUGCUCCGAUAACGUUGAGAUUCUUAUUAUUUAUUUUAAUGUAUUUUUUUAGAGCCUCAAUUGUUUACUUAUGAACUCAUGUUUGUAAUAAAGGAUGAAACGAUC